GGAAAAAUCAAACUCUGACCCACCACGACUUCUUCUUCAUGACCAGUCAACAUUCCUCCUCCGGCCAGCCGGCCCCACCCACGCCCGUCUUUCUCUCUUUUCUCGCCUUUCUCCCACUCGCCUCCUCUCCUCUUCACCAAACUGCAGGCCGAGAACAAGGCCGGCGAUCCGAAAAUGGCGAAGAACGGCUCCGUUUCCAGAGGAGGAGCUCCCAAGGUCGAUGGAAGCAACGCGUCGGUGACGCUGAACGUCUCUCCUAACUCGUCUUCUUCGUCGCCAUCCUGUAAAAGCAAGACCUCGACUCCCCCUCCCGUUUCCGGUCUCCGGCGCAGCACCGCCGCCUCAGUUUCCCCUUCUCGAAAGGACGAUGCCGCAAUUUCAGGACGUGUUAGAGUUGCAGUGAGAUUACGUCCUCGAAAUGCGGAGGAGAUGGAGGCCGAUGCAGAUUUUUCCGAUUGUGUUGAAUUGCAGCCAGAGCUUAAACGGUUGAAACUUAGGAGAAACAACUGGGACACAGAUACCUAUGAAUUUGAUGAAGUGCUUACAGAGUUUGCUUCCCAAAAGCGCGUUUACGAAGCUGUAGCUAAGCCUGUUGUUGAGAGUGUCUUGGAGGGUUAUAACGGAACAAUCAUGGCAUAUGGGCAAACUGGGACUGGAAAAACAUACACUGUUGGAAGGCUAGGUGAAGAAGAUGCAUCUGAUCGCGGGAUCAUGGUGCGGGCAAUGGAAGAUAUUCUUGCUGAAAUAUCCCUGCAGAAUGACUCAGUAUCUGUAUCUUACUUGCAGCUCUAUAUGGAGGCUAUACAAGAUCUACUUGAUCCAACGAACUACAAUAUAUCCAUAGUUGAAGAUCCUAAAACUGGAGAUGUUUCAGUUCCUGGGGCUACUACCGUGGAAAUCAGAGACCAAAAAAAUUUUGUGCAACUACUUCAACUAGGUGAAGCUCAUAGAUAUGCUGCUAAUACUAAAUUGAACACAGAAUCUUCACGCAGUCAUGCUAUACUGAUGGUGCAUGUUAAAAGGCAAGUCAAGGGCAACAGUUCUGCUAUUUGUAAUGAAAAUGGCACAUCUCAAUUGACUAAAACCUUAGAGGCACCAACUGUUCGCGGAAGCAAGCUAAUUGUUGUUGAUCUUGCUGGUUCUGAGCGUAUUGACAAGUCAGAUAAAGGAAGUGACACACACAUAUUAGAGGAAGCAAAGUCAAUCAAUCUGUCAUUAACUGCGCUUGGAAAAUGCAUCAAUGCAUUGGCAGAGAACAACAGUCAUGUUCCAGUACGUGAUUCAAAACUCACUAGACUGCUACGGGAUUCAUUUGGAGGUACUGCACGAACUUCAUUAGUAAUUACCAUUGGCCCGUCUCCUCACCACCGGGCAGAGACAGCAAGCACCAUAUAUUUUGGACAAAGGGCUAUGAAGGUGGAGAAUAUGUUGAAAAUCAAAGAAGAGUUUGACUACAAAAGUUUGUCCAGAAGGCUUGAGUUCCAACUGGAGACUCUUAUUGCAGAACAUGAGAGGCAGCGAAAAUCAUUCCAGGAUGAAAUAGAGAGGAUUGCUCAAGAAGCUCAGAACCGAAUUACUGAAGCUGAAAGAAAUUGUGCUGAGUUAUUGGAGAAUGAGAGAAUGGAGUAUCAAAAGGAGUAUGCUGAUGCAAUAAAGAAGCUAGAGGAGCAGUGGGCAGUAAAUCAAAGAGAGCAUGAAAAGGUUAGCCAGAAUGAUGAAAGCUGCAACAAAUAUUUGGGGAGAGAGCCUGCGGUUUUUUCUGCUUCUGAGGAUGCUGCCGAGAUUACAAAGUUGUUUCAACAUGAAACUUCCUUGCAUAAAGCUGCAGAAGACAACAUUAAUGGUCUUAAAAAUCAAAUAGCACAAUGUAAAAUCUCAGAGGCAGCUGGAAGUUCUGAGAUCUUAAAGCUUCGCAAAAUGCUGGAAGAUGAGGCACAACAAAAAGCCAGACUCGAGGAAGAAAUAUCAAUAUUAAAAAGUCGUCUUUUGCAAUUAAGUUCUGAAGCUGAUAAGACAACUAGAGACCUUGAUAGAGGGGCUACAGAAUUACCUAGCGGUCAGAGUUCUCCACAUCGUCCAUUCAUACACGAACAACUACAAGGUUCUGGAGAUGAAGAGAAAGCUUCAAUAGAAAAACUCUUUGAUCAAGUUGGACUGCAGAAGAUAUUGUCACUACUUGAAGCAGAAGAUACUGAUGUCCGUAUCCACGCUGUAAAGGUGGUGGCAAAUCUAGCCGCGGAAGAGGCAAACCAGGAAAAAAUUGUUAAAGCAGGUGGACUUAAAUCCUUGUUGACAAUUCUUAGAGUCUCAAAUGAAGAGACUAUUCAAAGGGUUGCAGCUGGAGCAAUUGCAAACCUUGCCAUGAAUGAGACCAACCGGGAGCUUAUAAUGUCUCAAGGAGGCAUAAAAUUGUUGUCAAUGACAGCUAUGAAUGCUGAAGAUCCUCAAACUCUUCGCAUGAUUGCAGGAGCUAUUGCAAAUCUUUGUAGCAGCGAUAAAUUACAAACAAAGCUUAGUGUUGAAGGAGGUAUCAAAGCACUCUUAGGAAUGGUCGGGUGCAGGCAUGGUGAUGUUCUAGCUCAAGUUGCUCGUGCAGUUGCUAACUUUGCUAAAUGUGAAUCCGGAGCUCUCACACAAGGGAUAAAGACCGGUAGGUCUCUUCUGAUUGAUGAUGGAGCAUUGCCGUGGAUAAUACAGAACGCAAACAAUGAAGCAUCACCGGUUAGGCGCCAUAUAGAGUUAGCACUCUGCCACUUAGCAAAACACGAGGUGAAUGCAAAGGAUUUGAUAAACGGAGGUGGAUUUCGGGAACUACUACACAUCUCACGAAAUUGCCCGCGAGAGGAUAUCAAGGCCCUCGCACUCCAGACGUUAAAUUCAAGCAAAACCUUCAGGGCGGAAAUGAGGCGGAUGCGGGUUGAGCAUUGUUGAUCAAAGACGUGACCGACUAUUUGAGCUAGACAGGUUUAGAUUCCCUGUAUAUAAUCCCAAUUUACUUGCCUGCAAUUUGAUCACUAUAAGUUGCAGAAAUCUAUUGAUUUUAAAAAAAAUUCAUGUUAGAAUUAUUGGUUACAGGGAGAAAUUAAUUAGUAUAGGCUAGGAUUAUUGCUUUGGCAUAUGCUGUGAGAUCCCAUAUUGCAUUACUAGUUAUCCCUCAGGGAGGAAAUUCAAUGAGGCCUGUAUUAUUGCGCAUUUUGCAUUGGUAGACAUCCAUCCAUUUAUACACCAGAGUCUCUAAUGUUACGCCACUUCUAGUGGUGU